ACCUAAUUCAAUCGAACCGAACUAUUUACCAUCUCCUCAGGUCUCUCCUCGGGUUUCUAGUUGGAUCUCUCACUCUCGUCAGUGUAGUCGCUCAAAGUUCAGCUACUACUCAUUGUUUGGCUUCUAUCUCCUUCUUCUUCGCUCUCUUCGGAUCAAACCGGAUAUAUCUCUCUCUCGUUCUUCGUCUACCACUUCCUCAACAAUAGGGUUCGGAUCCGAAUCCCUUUCUCCAUAUUCAGCAUUUGCUACCUCUUCAUUUGGAGCUCUCUUCUUCCUCUUAUUUGUCGUCCACACUUUGUCAUAGCCAUUUUGUCGAUCGAACACAACAACAAUUUCCCACGAUCUAAUAGUUCUACCUAGUUUCACGAACACAACAAUAAUGAAAGAAAUAGAAAACGGUUUUGAAUUGAGAGAACUCGAAUAAUUAGGGUUAGAUUAUUUCAAUUAGAGAUUGGGUUUAGGGUUAGAUCCGAUUUCGUUUUGGGUGAACGGAUAAAACAUUGGUUUUGUGGAAUCUUAAAAUUUUUAAUUUAAAAAUAAUUCCAGACGAUUUCUCGUUAAUCGAUCGUUCUCCUUCCUUCAGUAUCGAAUUAGAGUUUCUGUGGAAUACAGUUUUUGAUAGAAACAAUGCAAAUUUCGGUGGUUAAUAGCAGUCUCUGCCAUCCGAUUGCGUCGUUUCCGUCAUCCACCUUUCAUUCUCAUCGACCUCAUCGAUUCUCAAAUAGAAUUUCAGGAAACGGUAGUUGGGUUCGCGAAAGGAGAAGACUUUCUGUGAAAUCUAGUAACUCAGAAGCAAAAUCGAAUGAAUCAUCACAGAAAUCGAGCAGCAAUAAUACAUCAAGCUUCUUGUCCUUUCUCUGUCCAUUGCUUAAAGUUUUCUCUGGAGGUGAUCCUUCUCAACGACGGAAUCAUGCUCUGGAGGUUGCAACUUCUUCAUUAGCAUCUGUUGCAAGACUUCCAUGGGGAUCUCGAGUAUCAACUGGGAGUAUAGAUAACCAAGAUGUCUCUUCUAAUCCGCCUUUGCGAUUGCAGCUUUUUGAAUUUGAGGCAUGUCCCUUUUGUCGAAGGGUGCGGGAAGCCAUGACUGAGCUAGACCUUUCUGUAGAAGUUUAUCCUUGUCCUAAAGGAUCUGUAAGACACAGAGAACUGGUUAGACGAUCUGGCCGAAAAGAGAUGUUUCCAUUCCUCGUCGACCCGAAUACUGAAACUUUAAUGUAUGAGAGUGGUGACAUUGUAUUGUACCUAUUUAAACAAUAUGGAAAUGGAAGAGGCCCUUCCACAGGACUUCUGGAAAGCACCUUGUUCACUGGAUGGAUGCCAACUCUUCUCCGAGCAGGUAGAGGAAUGUCAUUGUGGGACAAGGCUUCAACAGAUCUGCCUCCUAAAAUGCUCGAGCUCUUCUCUUACGAAAACAACCCGUAUUCACGGUUGGUGCGUGAAGCACUGUGUGAGCUGGAACUCCCCUAUGUAUUACACAACAUUGGAGAAGGGUCCACACGGAUGAAAUCGCUUCUAAAGGCUUCAGGAUCCAAUAAGGUUCCAUUCUUGGUUGAUCCAAACACUGGUGUCCAAUUAGGUGAUUACCAGAAGAUUCUGGCUUACCUCUUCGAGACUUAUUCUUCAGCAGCAUCUGCAUAGUCCAUAGAACCUUUUUUUUUUUUUUCUUGUGCAAAGUCCAUAAAACCUAUACACCAUUAUUCCCAAGGUACAAGCUUUUGACGAUCCACAUGUUUUAACAAAUACUGAGAAACUGUUUGACAUGGAAGUUCAUGGUCAAAAUCCGAACUUUCCAAUA